CACCUCGACAUCCUUACCACAUCGCAGGUGCCCGCAUCGCAAUCCCCUUUGUUCCAACGUCGAAUCGCUCGCGACUUUGCAACCUUGAUGGGCACGACUUGAUGGUCCUCCCACACCAGAUUGACUAUCGCCAAAGGUCGGCAUCAUGGCCGUCGACCUUGAAGAAGCCAGCUACUGGCCAACCGAAAAUCUGAUUCUCAAGACUGGACGCAAGCGCUUCCGCGUUGCUAUUGAACCACUGCAUUGGCAGCUUCGGUCUCUUCUCAGUGCAGAAGGCAACGACACUAUCUACUUCCCCGCCGGAGUCAACAACACGCACAUUACGCGACUGGACACUCGGACGCGCGAAACCGAAACCAUCAAGAUAUUGAGCUUCUACCCUAGGUGUUUGGUGGCCAAGGGUGGCUGGAUAUGUUGCGGUGGCGAGUUGGGCGAGUUUGCCGUCAUUCGUGACGUGGGACAGAUGGAAGGCCACGAAGAGGGCAACCCAAGUGGAAGCGCCGUCGACGAUGCACUAAGUAACGAUUUCCGAUUUCAUCUAAGCUCGCUAUCAUCGCCUCCAGGGUCGGAUCCAUCUUUCACGCAAUUUAGUAGGGACAUGUUCAAUAUGCUGGAACGACGAUUGAAUGGACCAGCCAAGACAUGGACCGUCUCAAACCACAAAUUCGGGACUGAGCGCGUCAACUGUAUAACCAUCUGGCAACCUCCUAAAUCCUCCUCCCCCUUCCCCGCAGGUCCAGGGAAUUAUGCGACUCCAGUAGCUGUUCUUGCAAAUAACGACAAGACUGUCACAUUUGUCGGCCUGCAAGACUGCGAAUGCUUAGAUGAGCUUCAGUAUCCCGAUUGUGUGAACCGGGGCGUGCUCUCCCCAGAUGGCACCAUGUUGGCAAGCAUCUGUGAUGACCCUUUUCUUUACAUACAUGUGAGAAGAGUGGUGUCUCGAGGGAAAACAGGCGAGGUUUUUGAAUGGAAGAUGCUGCCCCCUAUACGCCUAAAGAGCCAGAGAAAGGACGACAGCUCGGACUGCCGAGGAAGCUUUGCUGCUUCCUUCUCCCCUUCCGGCCGGUAUCUGGCCGUGGGUACCCAGUAUGGCACUAUUUCGAUAUUUGAUGUUGCCGCUCUCCGGGACCCCGACAAUACAGAUCCUAUGGUGACCUUCUUCAACGCGGCACAAUUUCCUCAGGAUGAGGCCGCGGUUCGGGACAUGGCAUUUUGCCCUGGCCCAUAUGAUCUCUUGGUGUGGACUGAACAUCGGGGACGAGUAGGCAUUGCCGACGCACGCACUCGUUUUACUCAACGGCAGAUCAUCUCCCUAUCCAACCACGAUGACUUGGAGCACCUGGCCGUGAACGACAGAAACACGAUAGACCCGCGACUGCUCGAGCACCGAAGUGAGCGCAACAUGACAACGGGACCAGGAAGCUCUUCUCAUCUAUCGAGUCUAUUGAACCAGACCAGCUCUCCGCGGCCAUUGCCCAACCCCGAGCCUUCUGAUGCCACCGAUAGGCUAAACCACCCCUUCACACCCGAAGAAACGGCCAUUUUGGAAGCAGUGCAGAAUGACCGUCGGCGGCGAGAGGCCCGAGAGGCACGCGAGCAACGCGACCAUCAGGUUGCUAGAGGCAGCGCAGCGUGGAGAUCUUCGGUCUGGGCCGAGCGUGUAAGUGUACCAUCAAGUUCCAUGACUUCGCUACGUUCGACCGUCGACCAAGAGGACCGUGAAGCCGAUCUACGGGCCCUCGGAAUAUACAGAGACAUUGCUCACACUCUACGACAACAGCGAGAGGCGCUAACUCGAGUACUCGAUCGCGAGCGCAACCGCGACGCCCGUGACCUCCAUCGCCAGGCGACGACAAACCAGUCAAACAUUGAUCAAGAUCGCGAGAGACGUGCUCCAACCCCUCGGCGGAGAAGUUCCAUUAUGCAAGCUCUCACACAAAACGUGGACAACUUUGCUCAGGUAUUGAACCGGACCCAAGCCCCAGGGGACAACGAGACUUCAGGCUCCCGCGACUCGUCCGGUCCGUGGGUGUCUUCACGGUUGACUGCCGGCUGGGCUGAUCUGGCUGCACUGUACGACAUCGGCACGGAAAGCAGCAAUCCUAACGAGGGCACUCGUGCUGAAUCGAGUCGGGCUCGGCGCGCUAUUCCCGUCAUCAGCGACGUGUGGAACGACGACCUCGGCGGCUUUGGGAUCCGUCGUAACAAUGCGAGGACCCACCGGGAUCACAACCAACACGCAGACGACACGGCAGGCCUGACGUGGAGUGAAGACGGACAGAUACUAUACAUUGGAGCCGAGGACGGCAUUUACGAAUUCCACAUCAACCUCCAGGGGAGAAAGGUUUUCCCUGACAUGACUCUGCGUUGAUGUCCCGACUUGUAAAAUGGAAUGAAUGUGGCAGAUAUGCGGCAUUGCGGCUUAUUCGCAUUUUAGGGGGCUGAGCUGGAAACAAGCAAUCCAUAAAGAGUUGUUCAGGCAAAACGAUGGAAGGGAGUGCAGCCAUGCUGUGCAGGCGGUGGGUGGAGACUCUCUCAAAUCCCAUUAGUAGUUAUCAGGAUUCACGACAAAAUCUUGGAAGCUUUGGAGGUUUGAUGGCUAUGACAGCGGAGUUAAUUGCACAGGGUUUACGGAUACCAGGCUGUGAAUUGCAUGGAAGGGUUAAGGUGGCCAAGGCACUUGCAAGUUGUACAUAUCGUGUACUAUAUAAUCUACCAGUAUAUGCCGUGAUCCCAGUUUGAAGAUGACAUGACUCUCAGCCGGGUUGCGGUGAAAAUAAGCUGAUUGGGCAUUGCCCUAUGAUGGAGAGUCCAAUGGAUCUUAUCU